CCGGUUUAAAAUAUCCUGUGUCACAGACCCGGAAGAUAAAUGAGAAUACAUUCUUACUUCCCGAAUGGGAAACUUAUGCAACGGGGUGUCCCAUUUUGUGAAACGUCGGGAAUCGCAAAAAACUCGAGGUCCAUUCAAACACAUCGAUUGGCUUUGUGUACAGGCAUCCACAGCGGAGUUCAUUCUGCCAGAUCUGCAACAGUGUAAUUUGAUGUGAUAUUACUUCUAAGAGAGUGUGCGAGGGACGAAUUCUCAAAAUGAAAGCGAAAACGUUUGUGUCGUGUUGUCGUCUUCUUUUCAUUGUGCUAUGUGUUCAAUUGUCAACGUGUCAAGUUGUUCGUACUCCUCCUCCAUUUCUAGACACAGCCGAACGAAGUACGGUUCGUGCAACCAAUCAAUGCGAUGACAGCUGCAAUGGUACUUUCAACGAAACGCUGUGUAAGAUGUAUGGUGCAUGUACACUCCAAUGUCCUUCUUCGUCUAGAAACUCAUUUCCAUCAUAUGGCUCUUCAGCUCUUGAGAAUAUAUGUGUAGACAAUAAGAAACAACCCACUAACCCACCAGGAGCAGCUGCAACAACGAAUGGAAAUCUGUUUUAUAACAAUAGCAAUGGAAACUGUGUUGUGAACAAAACGGGCAAUCUUACUCGAUCAGCCCUGUCUGUGUGGGUUAAGGGUUCUUGUAACAACUGUUCAUUUCUUCGUAUUGGUGAUCCAGUCUUCCUCUCUCUGUCUUUAUCUGAUCAAAGCGACUUAAUAAUAAACGACAAGAUAUAUAGAAACGUUAAUGGCUGGACACAUUUGCUGAUACAGAAAGCUCCAAAUACUUCUUUGUCAGUCUAUAUCAAUGGUGAACUGAAAACAAUGUUAAGUUAUGGUGUUGAUCCACAAAAAAUUCAGAUUGGAGUUAAUACUUCUGAAUCAUCUGGAAGUGUUCACAUUCUCGACUUCAGACUUUAUCGAGACUUGCUCACAAACAGAGAAGUGAAGAAGUUGUACAAUAAUACCUGGGAUAUGAAUUACGAUGUUCCAGACUGCAGAUGUCCUGUUUCUCAUCCAGCUCUUGACAGCUCAGGCUAUAUAUGUUACGGUGAUGCUAACAGUCAACAGCCCCGCCUGGAAAAAGCCCUCCGAAAUACCUCAGCAAUAACUGAUGGAAGCUCAAACACAUCGUGGGUGUCUGGGAAUACAGGUGUCACCACACUGACAAUUGAGCUGGGCAACAGUUUUCAGAUAUCAAGUAUUCAACUGCUGUUUCUUGGAACUCUACCUUAUAAUGCAUCUUGGAUGUAUUACUUUAAUAACAGCAACAUAGAUAUGUCACAGUUUACCUGUAAUAAAACAGGAUGUCAACUGAAUGGGUAA